AUAUGCAUAUAAGCAUAACGCUAGCUUUUGUAAAAUAAUUUCAUCAAUCACAAGUCAAACAUGGCGAAAAGCAGUAUUGUUAUAAUUUUAUUGUUCCUUUCACUUCCUUCGUUGCUUGGUGGCUACUCCAAGUAUACCCUUCUUUCUUGGAACUUUCUUUAUGGAUAGCAUUCUCUUUUGUUCCAUUAUCAUCACUUAAUAAAUAGGCCAACACUGCUUCCAAAAUCUGUAGUCCAAACCAAGAGUAGCUAGUUAUGAUGGAGAGAGACAGAGAAGAGAGUGUUGAUUUAGCGCAAAUUAGUCUUCGACCCCUUCAGCUCUCUGAUGUUGAUGAUCUCAUGGUGUGGACCACUGAUGAAAAAGUAACCAAGUUUUGCACUUGGGAAACUUACAGCAGCAAAGACCAGGGCAUUGACUUUAUUCAAAAUAGAGCAUGCGAGUUUCUAUGGGGCAGAGCAAUAUGCCUUAAUGACCAUGCUAUUGGCUUUAUCUCUAUGACCUCGUCUUCUGCUUCCGAUAAAUCAAGGGAGAAAUCAGUGGAACUUGGAUAUGUUCUAGGUUCUAAAUACUGGUCCAGAGGGAUUAUGACUUAUGUUGUAAAACAAGUGAAGAAGGUUGCAUUCAGAGAGUUUCCACACUUAGAGAGGCUUGAAGCUCUAGUUGAUGCAGAAAAUGUGGGGUCUCAAAGGGUGCUGGAGAAGGCAGGUUUCCAAAAAGAGGGAGUACUAAGAAAAUAUUUGUGCCGCAAGGGAAAAAGCAGAGACACGAUCAUUUUCUGUGUUCUAUCAACUGAUCUUGAUCACCAACAGCAGUUGAAAGAUCAAUUGAAAGCAUCAAGAUGAAUGAAGGGGUUUCUUCCAAAGAAGAGAGUAAGAGUAUUGAUCUAACUAGGAUCACUCUUCGAGAAACGGAUCUUUCUGAUGUGGAAGAUCACAUGGUGUGGUCAAGCGAUGCAAAGGUGACAGAGUUCUGUACCUGGGGGCCUUACACCAGCAAAGAAGAAGCCAUAGACUUCAUCAACGGAAUACCAAACAUAUUUUCAUGGUAUAGGGCCAUCUGCCUUGACAAUCAAGCAAUAGGGUCGGUUUCUGUGUGCUUGCAAAGAGAUAGAUACAGAGAAAAAGUAGCUGAAGUCGGAUAUAUUCUGGCUUCAGAGUACUGGGGAAAA